AUGAUGCAGCGGGCCGCGCGAAACGCUUGGACUAUUUGUGUCCCCGGUGCUCACAGGGGCUUCACCAUCCUCCUACCCUCCGCUUCUUGCCGCCGACGAGUCUCGCCGCUGUCUAGUCUGAGAACCACGGUUGUGCCGCGUCGAACAGCUAUGUCGUCCUCGCAGUGGACGUGCACCCCCAGGACUUUUCCCACGUCAGGCUUCGAGCUACUUGACCAGUCCAUUGAGCUUGACGAGGAAACACUCCCGACUUACCGACCCGAGAAAUACUACCCAGUCACCCAGGGUGAGGUACUCAACGAUCGAUACCAGAUAAUUGCCAAAAUAGGGUACGGAGUAACUUCAACAGUGUGGCUCGCGAAAGACUUGAUUGCAUCAAUAUACGUCGUUUUAAAAGUCUACGUAACGGGGCAAUGUCGCGACCACGAGCGAGAACUGCACAUCUACAAGCAGAUUAAUCAGGUGGAAACAAACCAUCCCGGUAGAAAUUUCAUUCGCAAACUUCGCGACCAUUUCUAUAUCCAAGGCCCUCAUGGCCGCCACGUCUGCCUGGUUCACGAGCCUCUCGGAACGAGUGCAGAUGUUCUGGUGAAGAUGUCUCCUGGGCACGUAAUGACCCUUGAUGACAUGAAGCCUGCUAUUCGGCAACUACUUGUCGCAUUAGAUUUCCUUCACUCGGAGUGUCAAAUCAUUCAUACUGGUACCAUGCUCAAAGACCGAACAAUCUACAGGUCUUUGAGCUUCCUUCCAAGAGGUGGGCUGCCAAUCCUUGCUGAUUUUGGAGAAGCGAGAUUUGGCGACAAAGAGCACAUUGAUGAUAUCAUGCCAAACGUGUAUAGAGCUCCUGAAGUGAUCUUGAGAUCGAGCUGGAGCUACAAGGUGGAUAUAUGGAAUGUUGCCAUGGUCGCAUGGGACAUUGUCAGCCCUCGCUCCAUCAUCGAUGGCAAAAACCCCGAUGGCGUAUUUGAUGAUCGGGUACACAUGGCGGAACUGGUAGCCCUGUUGGACCCUCCGUCACCCAGAUUCCGAGAACAGAGGCACCUCAGUUCGGUCUUCUGGGAUGAGUCAGGAAACUGGAAGGGGGUAGUUCCGAUUCCAGAUAUGACCCUUGAGAGCCUUGCCGAGAAGGUUGAAGGGAAAGACAAAGAAGGGUUUCUGCGGUGGCUCCGGAUGGCUUUGCAAUGGAACCCCGAGGACCGGCUGACGGCUUUGGAACUGUUAUACGACGAGUGGCUGAUGAACGGGCUGGGGGAAUGA